ACAGUGUGUACAUAUUCCUCAUUGACAAGUACUACAAUUGAAAUAUAUACAGUGUAUGUCUAAAAAUAAGUUUAAAUUUCCAUCGAAUCUUAAAUUGAAUAUUGACCUUACUAGUUUAAGGUCAAAUAAAAAUAGAAGUUUAAAAUCUUGUUCUUGUGUAAUUCCCAAUUGUGUUUAAUUUGAUGUUUACGAAGUACGAGUAUAUUAAUACAAAAUGGAGGACGAUGUGUAUGAUUUGUGUAUAGUUGGAGCUGGAAUGAUAGGGUCUGCAGUAGCUAAAUAUGCAUCAGAAUGGGGUCGUGUUUGUUUAGUUGGACCAGAAGAACCAGAGGAAAAAGAUGUUAAUUGUACGAGAGACAUAUUUGGAUGUCAUUAUGAUGAAGGAAGAAUUGCAAGAUGUUUAGCUCAUGACCCUAUCUGGACACAGUUGGCUCGUUUCUCUAUGGCAAGGUACAGACAAAUAGAAAGUGAUUCAGGUAUAUGUUUUUAUAAUGAAGUUGGCUCAUUGGUAGCUGGAGGAAAGGAUUCAAAAUAUAUGAUUGACAAUGAAACGGUUUCAAAGAAACAACAGCUAGAAAGCGAGAUACUUUCAUACGAGACACUCAAAAAGAAGUUUCCACUUUUAAAUUUCUCUGAUAUAGAUCAUGGAAUAUAUGAGGUAAAAGCCGGACAUAUCAGUGCAAGAAAUUUGGUCAGUGCUCAAAUAAAGCUAGCUAAAUCCAAGGGUUGUGCAUGCAUCCAUGAAAUUGUUAACCAGAUUGAGAAAAAAGAAAAUAACAAAAUGUGUGUAAUAACAGAAUCAGGAAAACAAGUCUUAUCCAGAAAGGUACUACUAGCAACAGGCGCAUUUACAGCUUUCAGAAAUUUACUUCCUGUAGAUCAAGAAUUGGACGUAGGGUUAUGUCCACUAACAACUGCUAUGAUUGAGGUUACAGCUGACGUUUUCACAAAUAUGAGAAAAUAUCCUACCGUGAUAUAUCAUGGGAAAGGAACAGAAAAUUGGAAGAUGGAAUAUCCACGCUCAAAAGACGGUGAUUAUAGUUGGUAUAUGCUUCCACCAAUUAGAUAUCCUGAUGAGAAGUACUACAUAAAGCUAGGACAUCUACAGCAUGCUACCACUAAACGUUUUACCAAAAGCUGUGAAGUAAAGGAAUGGUAUUGUAGUAGUGGAGACAAAACACUCGUCAAUGAAACAGUUGAUCUUUUCAAAACUGUCGUUCAAGAUGUUUUCCCGAUCUCCUACCAUGGUGACAGCUGUGUUAUAACGACAACUCCAACUAAACGACCAUACAUAGAUACUAUACAUCCUCAGCUAGGUGUCGCUGUCGGUGGGAAUGCUUAUGCAGCAAAAUCCAGUGACGAGAUAGGAAGGAUUGCUGCUGUAAUGAUGAUGAAAAACGAAUGGGACUCGUCUUUAAACAAAGAAGAUUUUAAUGUUAAACUAAAGAAUGAACCAUCAGGCUAAUUAACAAACUGAGAUAACCAGUUGAACCAAGAGUUUGCCAAAUAAACAAAUUAUCCAGAUGUGCAGGGAGUGAUACUACGUAUUCUUACACAAGCAGAAAUUUCUGGCCUGCUUUACUUGUAACUGAAUUUUAUAUUGAAGUCAGUAAAGGCUAUACGAUAGGCAUCAUAUACACUUAAUAGGGAUCCCUUAAAACGAGGUCACUGAACCUUAUCCACCACACAACUAUUCCAUGCAUCAAGUAUAAGACUUACUGCUGACAGUAUCUGAUAACAAACAAUUAACGUUGAUAAAGGAUUCCUGAAAUGAGGUCAAGGUCAGAUGAACUUUGUACAACUAACAAUCAUUCCGUGUUCCAAAUGUAGUUAAGAUAUUGCUUAUAGUAUCGGAGAAAUGAAGCUAACCAGGAAUAUUUAUUGUUGCUUAGUGGACCAUAGAGGUCUAACUCUGAUAAACACUGCCGGAUUGACGUGUACACAUAACAGGGAUUCAAUACUCCAAUUAAAGUUGAUUUAUUGUGUACACUAUAUCUUUCAGACGGACAUGUAUACCUUCAAACCAUUACAUACACUAAAUAUAGUCAUAAGAAAUGAGAGAAAGAAAAUGAUUCGAAUUAAAAUUACCUCGCCACUACUGGUAAGCUGAAUAAAGCCAGGCAAAUUUUAAAGCAUAAAGACGACAAAACUUUUAAAGUGUGACACAACUAUCAUUUAUUCAACGCUGAAAUGUAGCACAAACAGUUUAAUGCAUGUUAUAGACCCAGCAUUACAUAUGCUAGAUUUUUAUUAAAUAAUAUUUACAUUACCAAUAGAUAAAAGAGUUGUUCCAUAAGUAAAAAUAGUUUAUUCUGGUUACCCUUGAUAUCCUUUUUCAAAUUCAUAGACGGGAUAUCUAUGAAUUGUGUUUUUCCAGAAAAAAGAAUAACAGACUGGAUAUGUGUCUUGAUGAUUAAAUAUUACACAAGUAAUGAGAAGUAGGAUACAAUUACAUUAUGUAAUCAAGAUUUGAAAUCAGAUAAAGGUUUAUGCUUAUUA